AUGAUUGAUUUUUUUGAUGAAGACGGGUUCGAACCAGUCGAACACGACUAUACCCAUCCAGAACGCCACUGUGACAACAUUGCCGACCACAUCCUCACAGAAUGGCGAGAAGCUGGGUACCAAGUUUUCCCCCCGGAGGAGGGCCCGAUUGAGCUAUGUUGGGCCUGUGGUUGGACGACGUACGACCAAUACACCUCUGGCUAUUCUCCACGGAUCAAAAUCGUGCAUGCUCGCAAUAACUCGGGUUUGUGGUCAAUUGGAUCCAAGUGGCUGAUCAAGGAUGAGCCAAACGACGAGUAUCGCGGGAAUGAGCAUAUAACUUGGAAAUUUCUCAAAGAACAACCGGGUCUAGACAUCCCUUUGGUGAAGGAGAUGAUCCCACUGAGCGACCCUCAGGAGACACUACAAUUCACGCUCAUCUCUCGGGCCCAGGGCAAGAUGCUGUCCGCCAUCUGGCCUAAGCUGUCUCCCGAACAAAAAGCCGGCUACCGAGAUCAGAUGGUGCAUAUACUCAAACAACUGCGACAGUUCACAGCGCCUUUCCCCCAAAAGGUCAAUGGGGACAAACUUGAUGAUACUAUCAUGGGAAUCUGCCACAGGCGCAGUUCGCCGACUUGUUUCAAGGUCGGACAUACAGUGGACGAGUGGUUGGAGGACCUUUCAGAAACACUCCGCGCUGGGCUGGCUGACAGACUCAAAACCUCAGACGAAAAGGUCGUUGAAGAGAGACUUCAAAAGAUAAAAGACAACUUUCCAAGCGGAGAGCCAUAUGUACUGACCCAUGGGGAUUUAGCCCUCAGAAAUAUCAUGGUCAAGGAUGACAAAAUUGUCGCCAUCCUCGACUGGGAGUCAGCUGGGUACUACCCUUGGUGGGCGGAGAAGUAUGCGUGCAAAGCCUACGCUAGGAUAGAAGACCAGCAGGAUCUUUUUGAAGGCGUCUGGGAGAGGGUUGAUCCGGAGUUAGGCGAAACCCCUGCCUGGAGAGCCGUGGUGCAGAAAGUGGCUGCGGUCAGAGAAGCCAUGGUCCCUUUCGUCGUUAAACAUGAACCACAUGUGCAGCCACUAUAUCGUGCACCCUUCUGCAAAUGCCGGCCCCACGGUCAGACGAUUCGACCUGCAGCUCGCGGAGACAAGCCGGAGCACAAGUUGUGGGAUUGGAGGAGUGGCCUGAAAAGGCCUUCCACCUGGGCAAGCAAUUCCGAAUUUAUAAUUAUGGGUUGA